GCCAUCCUGACCCAGCACAAGGAGGCUUCACUCCAACAGUAUAUUCAACCGAAAUGAACCAAACCAGUGAUAAGUGACUGCUAACUAAAGGAUUUAACAUUCUGUGUUUGACUUUGUAGAAGGGAUCAAAAAUCAGAUAUGUCGCCGUCGCUGCUGCGCAGACUAGUGCGAUGGCCCCGCGAGGCGGUGGAAGAGCCCCCUUUGGUCUCCACGGGUGGCCCGACCAGCUCUACCGUCGCGUCUGCCACCGAGCCAUCCUUACCAAUGAGUCCAUCGGAGCCAGGGCUGUCAACUACGACAACCACGCAGGAGACCUUAAGCGAGAAGACGGCCGAGAUCGCUCGCAAGAUGAACAUGGAAACUUGGCAGCUGGUCGCCAUUCUUGUUGGAGUUGCUGUGGUGGUGCUCGGAAUAUGUUUCUGCUGCAUCAGACGGUGUUUCCGCAAACGGCGUUCCAAGGAUGGCAAGAAGGGGAUGAAGGGUGUCGAUCUCAAGUCCGUCCAGCUUUUAGGCUCAGCUUACAAGGAAAAGGUUCAGCCGGACAUGGAGGAGCUCACGGAAAAUGCCGAAGAACCUGAUGAUGGAGACUCUAAAAAGGAAGAGCAGAAACUAGGCAAACUCCAAUAUAAGCUGGAAUACGACUUCAACAGCAACAGUUUGUCCGUAACCGUAAUUCAAGCUGAGGACCUUCCCGCUCUGGAUAUGGGAGGCACCUCGGAUCCUUACGUGAAGGUCUACUUACUUCCUGAUAAGAAGAAGAAGUUCGAAACCAAGGUCCAUCGAAAAACACUCAGUCCGGUCUUUAACGAAACUUUCGUCUUCAAGAGCGUACCAUAUGCUGACGCUAUGAACAAGACUCUCGUAUUCGCGAUAUUCGACUUCGAUCGGUUUUCAAAACACGACCAGAUUGGCGAAGUGAAGGUACCGCUGUGCCAGGUUGAUUUGGCGCAGACCAUUGAGGAAUGGCGUGAACUCCAGAGCGUCGAAGGCGAGGGCGGUCAGGACAACAAGUUGGGAGACAUAUGUUUCUCGCUGCGUUACGUACCAACUGCCGGAAAACUCACCGUGGUUAUCCUGGAGGCUAAAAACCUGAAGAAAAUGGAUGUCGGUGGUCUAUCAGACCCGUACGUAAAGAUUGCUCUUAUGCAAAAUGGCAAACGUCUCAAGAAGAAGAAAACGAGCAUCAAGAAAUGUACACUGAAUCCCUAUUACAACGAGUCAUUUACUUUUGAAGUACCAUUCGAACAAAUACAGAAAGUGAAUCUAGUAGUAACGGUGGUGGACUACGAUCGCAUCGGGACAUCGGAGCCAAUUGGGAAGGUGGUGCUAGGGUACAACGCGUCGGGCACCGAGCUACGUCAUUGGUCGGAUAUGCUGGCCAGCCCGCGACGACCCAUUGCGCAGUGGCACACGCUAAAGGAUCCAGAGGAUGGCGAGAAGAAGGAUUAAGUUUGUGGCGGAGAUUAAGACCAGUUUGCAGAAGUACGAUUAUGGAGAGUUUCACUAAUUUCAUAAAAAAUAAACAUUUGAGUCCACGUGAACGAAGAUAUUCAUCGCUACCAGAUCUCUUGGUUUGAAGGUCCGUUGUUAUAGCGUCAUAUGUACAAGUUAUUAUGAUUUAUAAGGUUAUUUUAGAUAGACUGUAAUAUGUUUACAAAUAACCAAUGUCAAAUUUCUAAAGGUGGCAUUAUCGGGGCUUUGAUAAAAUAAAAGUUAGUAAUCGGUUGUUAAUGUCAUAAUUUCAAUGGAAAGAGAAACUCCCCUGUGAAGGUUGUUUUACAUUGACCUAUUAGCGUGAUAAUUGAGGAAUAAGCAACCGCUCUAUUUAAUUCCGAGACUGGAAAUUUUAAUAGUAACAAGCUUUAUAGCCCAGUGGGUUGCACUUUAGGGAUUUAGAGGCGCUGAAUCAAAUUUUUGUCAAUAUAAAUAAGUUAGUAACAAACUUUUCUAAAUUAAUUCUGGUCUGGGUACUCUUAGGGUCGUAUUCCAGAACUGUACUCAAUGCUCAAGUCAGGAUUUGAGCAG